AUGUCUAGGAAACAAAACCAGAAGGAUUCAUCAGGGUUCAUUUUUGAUUUGCAGUCCAAUACUGUACUGGCCCAGGGAGGAACUUUUGAAAACAUGAAAGAAAAGAUAAAUGCAGUGCGUGCAAUAGUUCCCAAUAAGAGCAACAAUGAAAUCAUCCUGGUUUUGCAGCACUUUGAUAAUUGUGUGGACAAAACAGUACAAGCAUUUAUGGAAGGUAGUGCCAAUGAAGUACUCAAAGAAUGGACAGUAACAGGCAAGAAAAAGAACAAAAAGAAGAAAAGCAAACCAAAACCUGCAGUCGAAGCAAGUAACAGUAUCCUAGAUUCCAGUAAAUUGGUUUCUAUUCAAGAGGAGCAGUCCACGCCUUCUCCAGAAAAAGGUGAUAUUAAUGGUUACCAUGUUAAUGGUGCCAUCAAUGAUACUGAGUCUGUGGACUCAUUCAGUGAAGGUAUGGAGACACUUUCAAUAGAUGCCAGAGAAUCAGAGGAUCCCGAGUCUUCCAUGCCAGAUAUGCUGGACAGAACAGGAUCCAUGCUGGAAAAUGGUGUCUUUGAUUUUGAGUCCAAGACUUUGACUAUACACCCUACUCAGAAUUCUCAACAAAACAGGAAUGCUAUCAAAUCUCUCUCAAGACUGGGCAUGGAAGAUGUUCCACUCUCCUCUACCAACAAAAAGCUAGGUUCCAAUAUUGAAAAAUCUGUGAAAGACCUCCAGCGCUGCACAGUGUCUCUUGGACGAUAUCGAGUUGUAGUUAAAGAAGAGAUGGAUGCUUCCCUUAAGAAAAUGAAACAAGCUUUUGCUGAAUUGCAGAGCUGUUUAAUGGAUCGAGAAGUGGCAUUGCUGGCUGAAAUGGACAAAGUGAAAGCUGAAGCAAUGGAAAUUUUGCUCAGCCGACAAAAGAAAGCUGAACUUCUAAAGAAGAUGACCGAAGUGGCUGUUCGAAUGUCAGAAGAGCAGUUGGUCGAGCUCAGAGCUGAUAUCAAGCACUUCGUUAGUGAGCGGAAAUAUGACGAGGAUCUGGGACGAGUAGCUCGGUUCACCUGUGACGUGGAGACGCUAAAGAAGAGCAUUGAUUCGUUUGGACAAGUGUCCCAUCCAAAGAACAGCUAUUCAACCCGAUCGCGGUGUAGCUCAGUUACCUCUGUAUCCCUGAGUAGCCUAUGUGAUGCCCCUGCUGCUGCUGUUGCUGUUGCUGCUUCCACCUGUGUCUCUGCUCCCAGCCUUACAAGUGCUCACAAGAAAAUCUCGGCACCAGGAGAGACUCCUGCAGGCAGAGCAGACUCAAGUGGCCAGUCCUAUCAGCCUCAUCGCCAGGUGUUGCCGAGGAACCGACGAGGAGGACAAGGCUACAGGCAACAAGGCCAAAAGUUCAGUGACCCCACGAACCAAGGACGACACGACAGUACAGGUCGUCACCGAAAUAGCUCAUGGUUUUCAUCUGGUCCCAGGAACCAGAGUUCACAACCCCAGGCACCAGGAAAUGCCAGUGGACGGGGCCAGGCGCGCUCUGCGGGGAGCAGUGGGACCGGAGCCGGCACGGAACCCAGCCCCCCUAAGCCCUCACUCAAAAAGGGCCCGCUGCCCCAGCGCAAACCCAGGACCUCUCAUCCUGCGGCUGUGAACUCUUGA